AUGCCUACGAUCAAAAAGUCUUUCGCAACUGCUGUCGCAUCAGUCGCAUUUUCGGGGUUGCUUCCUUCUCUUCACGUUCAAGCUCACGAAAAUGGUAAGACAUCAGCAGUUCUGCCUCUCAAAGCCGCCUACUAUGGCAACACCUUCAAUGCCGAAGUCACCCUGGGCGACCAGUCUUUCGAGUUGCUGGUCGACACCGGCAGCGCCGACCUGUGGGUCCUUGGCGAUGAUUGGGAAUGUAUCCGAAAGGGAGCAGAUGCUCGAGAGGGCUGUGACUUCGGCACCGAGACGUACUCUCCAUCGUCGACAUACAAGCCGGUCGACUAUGCCUGGCUCGGUGAACAUUACGGCAACGGAGAUGUCAUCGGACCGCUCGGGCGCGAGACCAUGAGACUCGGGGACAUUACCAUCCCGAACCAGAUCUUCGGCGUUAUCAACAGCUCGACUACCGUCGGGGACCGAGUGAACACCGGAAUCAUGGGACUAGGCCAUCCGAUCCUCGCACAAGCUCACCCGAACAGCUAUCAUGCCACGUCUGGCGCCGAGCUUCUUGUGAAUCGCAUUGCGUACAAUACUGUCUUCUGGCACAUGAUCGACCGAGGAGUGGAGCCAUACUACGCUCUUGCGUUGGACCGCGGGUCACUUGGGCAAGAGACUGGAAAGGGUGGCUAUCUCUCCUUCGGCACCCUUUCUCCGGUCGACCAUGGCCCCUUCAUCACAGUGCCGAACGAAGUGACCAAGGCCAUCCCUCGCUCCUUCACCGACGGCAAACGCAAAAUCAGCUUCUGGACCGUCACCGUGCAGUCCGUGUCCUGGGACGACAAAACCGGUUCUAAGCCCUUCCAGGCCAUCAUCGACAGUGGCAACUGGGCCAACGUGCUCCCGCCGAAGCUGGCCUCACGCAUCAACGCCGCUUUCGAACCCCCGGGAAAGCUCGACAAGAAGUCCGGCUACUUCAAAGUCGAUUGCGAUGCUACGCCGCCCGCGGAUGUGAAGUUUGAGAUUGGCAAUCAGAAGUUCUCGAUAAACAGUGCGGACAUGAUCUGGCGCGAUUGGGACGGCUCUUGUUACUCUACGGUCGAGGGUGCGGAGACGAGCUUGGGUGUCGAUAUUGCAUUUCUUGGGGUGGCUUUCUUGAAGAACGUUGUUUCUGUAUUCGAUGUUGGGAAUGAGGAGAUACGACUGGCUGCUAGGACUGAGGAAUGCCCGUGA